GCCAGUUCCAUAGCAACCGCUGAGGAGAACAUGACUUCUCACGGAUUCUUUUCCGUUGCAGGCAAAAUCAACAACUAUUAAAGAAGCUUUGGCGAAGUGGGAGGAGAAAUCAGGGGAAAAAGCAGGUGAUGCCAAAGAAGUGAAGCUCUAUGGCCAAAUCCCUCCUAUUGAAAAGAUGGAUGCUUCUCUCUCUACGCUGACUAACUGCGAGAAACUGUCAUUGUCAACCAACUGUAUUGAAAAAAUUACCAAUCUCAAUGGAUUAAAGAACCUCAAGAUAUUAUCAUUGGGUCGUAACAACAUAAAGAACCUUAAUGGACUAGAGGCUGUAGCGGACACAUUGGAGGAACUGUGGAUCUCCUACAACCUCAUAGACAAGCUGAAGGGAAUCCAUGUGAUGAAGAAGCUCCAUGUCCUAUACAUGUCCAACAACUUAGUCAAAGAGUGGGGAGAGUUUACGAAGCUGGCAGAGCUUUCGUCCCUGGUAGAUCUGGUCUUUGUAGGCAAUCCUUUAGAAGAGAAGUACUCUGCUGAGGGCACCUGGAUAGAUGAGGCCACCAAGAGGGUCCCCAAUCUGAAGAAGCUUGAUGGGAUCCCAGUGAUUAAGCAAGAAGAAGAUGAGAAAGAGGCAGAAAGUUAAUAUCUUUCAUGUGGUACAAUAUUUGACUUCACUACAACAUUUAACAAUUAUGAGACUUUGUAGUAUUUUCAGAUUUUAUAUGUUGACUUGAUGUUAAUUUAUACACUUCAGCUAACACAAAUGUACAAAAUAUUAAUAAAAAUAAAUAGUAAGAAUAGUCUUACAUAUAAGCUGAUGCACUGCUCCAGUUUACAAAAAACCCACACAACUUUGUGGUAUAUGUAGCUUUCUGUAGUUGCAGAUGUGACUGUAACAUGAAUAUAUCAUCACGGAGCUCCAUACUUAAGAGAAUAUGGUAAUUUUUGAUGGAUUUUGUGACCAUAUGACUUUCAUACAAAUGACAUCCAUGUCCCACUACAGGGAACCUGACCAUAAGUGCAAGGCAAUGUACGGUAUCUCAUAAACACUUGACCACCGGACAAUGAAAUUUGUAUCUUUAUUUACACAAGAUAGAUGGGUUUUAUCCGGUGCUUAUUUUUAAUUUGCUUUAAAAAAAAUAAUGUGGGAUUAUUGACUAAUGGAUUUUAUGAAUAACAUUCAUGACCGUUUCAUCUAAAACUAGUUAAAACAGCUUUAUUAGUCCACUAGCUUGUUGGACAGUUGACAGUUUCUGUCAUGUAAGGGUGAUAGAUGGAUGUAAUCACUGGAAGAGUUUUAUUGAAAACACACUAGCAAACAGAUCCAAAAUGGAGACAAAGGCAGAGUCGACAAACAGGCAGUGGUCAGAUGAGGCACAGACAGGAUAUUGGCGGGAAUACAAUACUCACAGCCCAAAAAAACCAAACAGGGUCAAAACCAGAAAAGCAAUACAAAAUACAAGGCUUGGUAAGGUCAGACACAGGGUACAGAGCAUAUAUGUCACAAAAUCUGUGUGUGACUAAAGGCCUCUGCAUGCUCUUGCCACAAGGCUUUCGCAGAUAGCUUUUCGCAGACAGUUGUAAUUUAUUGUUGAGCGGGGGAAUAGGCGUGCGCGAUGUUAUUCACCGGCACAACGCAAGGGGGCGCGAAGUCGCUAGGAGUAGUUGGUGGGUGUGGUUAGUGGAGUGUUUAUCCUCCGGUUACUUAUAAUGACUAGAACUUUUUUUUUAAUAUAAUGACUAGAACUGGAGUCGUAUAGAUGUACGUACUUCCUCACUUCCUCAAUCAACCGCUCUUCAUGCUGCUCCAUCUUCGCUCGUGUUUUUAAAAAUGCCGGUCGUGAAAACAAAACAAACCGGGAAAGUAGGGAAGCGGAAGUGCGUGUACAGCGGGUAGAGUGGACCAAUCAGAGCCCUCUUGUCUGCGGCGCUGUCUGCGAGGCUUCUGCGGUGGUCACAAUUUUUGGGAGGUGCGCACAGAGCGUCUGCGAAGGUGGGGGGGGCUACGCAGACACUGUCUGCGACACCAUCUGCGAGGACUGGGUUGUCAGCAUAAAUUGGCCUUAAGAGUUCUUAUAUGUAUGUGCUGUAAUUGCGCUCUAAUUAGGAAGAGGUGCAGGGCAAUCAGUCCUAAUGGCACUGCACACAGAUGUGACUGUUGUAACCCGGGCCCUGUACUACAAAGCGGGUUUUCUGGCUUACCAGGGUAACUUCGAGAGUAACUUGAUCACGUGCAGUGUAACUUCCCGAUUAACCCAUACUACGAAAGUUGGCUAUGUUCAAACCGAGGUAUGCUGCCAUGGCAAUUUACGCUGCAUCUCAAACCUGCUCGUCUCAGGUUAUGUUCUUGGUUAACCCGAGGUUUCCGAUUAAUCACACCCUUUUUAAACACCACCUCUCCACCGACAUUUCCUCUAGAGACAAUGCCAGCAUACCUGGAUGACCCGUGCGAUAUCGGAGCGCAGAUUAGAGAUGGGAUUUAUGGCUCUUUGAUGGGAUCCGCAUCUUUGUGAUCCGUUCUUUGAAAAGAGCCGUUCAAAAGACUGGCUCAUUUGGCUCUUUUUAAAUAUUUAUUCAGUUUUAAGAAGACAGCGUCUAAAGAAGCCAGAUCCCUCUGCUUAGACAGUGACAUCAAUAUUUCUGGACAUACCUUUUAUAUAAAGCAACCUAGACUUACAUUAUUGUAACCCCUAAACGCUCAUAAAUAACCAUUAAAAAAGGCGUCAAUGAAUGUCCAUGCAGAACGGCUUUUCUGUAAAAAAAAAAAAAAAAAAGAACCCACUCAAGAACAUAGUUACCAAGAACGCAAGAAUAUUUUAUAGAAAAACACUUGUUUUACAAAAAUAUUUAAGUCUGAGAUA